GCAGCCCGGGAGUGCAAAAUCCGUAGAUUUCUUCACGUCAGCACUGACGAGGUCUACGGCGAAAAUGUCCACGGCCACAUCUUUUCUGAGACGGAUGGCUUCCGUCCGAUGAACCCGUACAGCGCCUCAAAGGCAGCAGCUGAGUGUAUUGUCCACGGAUACGUGGAAUCCUUCGGCAGGGACUUGCCCAUUGUUGUGGUUCGCCCGAACAAUAUCUACGGGCCCCGGCAGUAUCCGGAGAAGCUCAUCCCAAAGUUCAUCCUUCGACUGCAGCGGCAGCAAAGACUCCCUCUGCACGGAGGCGGAUCAGCCAGACGAUCCUUCCUCUUCGUCGAGGAUGCCGCCAAGGCCUUCGACUUUGUUCUCAGAAAGGGUAUCCCUGGUGAGGCUUACAACAUCGGCGCAGAGCCGGGAAGCACCAAGACUGUCAUCCAGGUUGCCAAAGCUUUGAUGCCCUUCUUUGACAUUGCUACUGACAGCGCCGACAGCCACCUUGAG